CACACACAAACACAUAUUCAGACCACGAGUCUCUGAAAGCUGAGCUGUGAUAAUAGAGGCAUUCAGAGGCAAUGAAUGGAGGGGGGUGAAGGGGAGGAGAAAGGGGACCGUAAAUUCGCUGUAAUGUGCAGAGUUCAAGGCUGUUCUCCACCUUCCCUGACUCACGUGUGAGAGUGUGAGAGUGUGUGUGUGUGUGUGUGUGUGUGUGUGUGUGUGUGUGUGUGUGUGUGUGUGUGUGUGUGUGUGUGUGUGUGUUAUCCUCAUACGCUGUCGCACAUGUGAACUCAUUGUACUCAUGCGGCUCAGUGCUGAUACAGAGGUCAAACCCCUCUCUCUCACUGCUUUGGUUUGUUUUGGUUAUCUAUGGUUACUACCACUUGUCUUCUUUGAUGUCAUGUAACUUCUUACGCACAUUUUACACACAUACUAGGAAGAAACGAGCACGGAGAGAGACAUUAAACACACACCCAGUACUGAAACGAGAACAAAGUGAAACUUUGAGACUGUACUGCCAGUAAUCUUUGACAUUGAUUUCAGAUGGACAGCGCUGAGCGAAAUGGCCUUCCUCCCUACAGGCAGCCUUAUCUUGCAGUCGCCCUAGACGAAGCACAGCUGGAUGUCCUCGGGCAGCGAGUAGAAAAGAAGUCCCUGUCAUUUUUGGAAAGGGUGAAGGCACAGUGUUGGUGUUCUGGUCCCAGGUUGAAGAGCUUCCUGCUGGGCUUUUUUCCUGUCCUGUCAUGGCUGCCUCGCUACUCCUUCAGAAAAAAUGCCAUGGGAGACCUGGUGUCUGGGGUCAGUGUUGGGAUCAUUCAGCUGCCACAGGGUAUGGCCAAUGCCAUGUUGGUAGGAGUUCCUCCGGUGUUUGGUCUAUACACCUCUCUCUAUCCUCUGAUCAUCUACUUCAUCUUUGGCACUUCCAGACACCUCUCCAUCGGUACUUUUGCCGUCCUGGCCAUCAUGAUUGGGUCUGUGACAGCUAACGUGGAGUUGCUUAGCAACGGUGUUGAAGAGAAUCAGGUUGAUGUGGAGGCAGCGAAAGUGAACGUGGCUGUGCAACUCACCUUCCUCUGUGGCCUCAUACAGCUCCUGCUGUACUUGCUGCGUGGAGGCGGUGUGUGUCGAUGGUUGUCUGACCCUGUAAUCAGAGGCUACACCACAGCAGCAGGUCUGCAUGUGAUCAUCCUGCAGCUGCCACUGAUGACUGGAAUACCUGCUCAGAGACACACCGGCCUGCUGGCUUCAGCUUGGACUUUAAAGGAUGUUCUGUAUGGGGUGACCAGUGCUGUACCAGGAGCUCUGUCAGUCUCUGUGGUUUCCAUGGUGAUACUCAUCGGUGGCAAGAUGCUGAAUGAGCACUUCAAGAACAAGCUGCCUGUUGCCAUACCCUGGGAACUUAUACUGAUUGUCCUGGGCACCAUCCUGUCAGUGCAGAUGGAUCUGACUGGACAGCACAGAGUCCAGGUGGUGGGACACAUACCCAGUGGCUUGUCUCCCCCAGUCCUUCCCUCUCUGUCUCAGGCCAGAGAGCUGUUCCUUCCAGCUCUGUCUGUGGCUCUGGUUGGCUUCAGUUUCCUCUCAGCCAUGGGCUCAGUGUUUGCCCACAAACAUGGCUACCGGGUGGACCCCAGUCAGGACCUGCUGGCUCUGGGUCUGUGCAACACCAUCGGAGGAAUGUUUCAGUGCUUUGCUGUCAGCUGCUCCUUCUCUCGCAGUAUGGUCCAGGAUAGUAUUGGUGUUAAAUCACAGAUGGCAGGUUUGGUAUCAGCUUUGAUGAUUCUGACCAUCUUGUUGAAGAUCGGCCAUCUCUUUGAGCAGCUGCCAAAGGCAGUGUUGGCAGUGAUCAUCGUGGUGAACCUGCAGGGGAUACUGGCUCAGUCCAGGGAUGUGUGUGUGCUCUGGAAAUCUGACAGAUUAGACCUGCUGGUGUGGGUGGUGUCGCUGAUUUCCACGCUGAUCUUUAACCUAGACCUGGGUCUGGCCGUGGCUGUCGUCUUCUCUCUGCUCACACUCAUCUACAGGACACAACUCUCCUCCACAGUUGUUUUGGGUCGUAUUCCUGGUACAGAGUGUUACAGAGAUGUGGGACUCUACACUGAGGCAAAGCAAGUUCCCGGGGUGACUAUACUCUCCUGUUCCAGCCCAGUUUACUUUGCCAACUCUGAACUGGUCUUCACAGGGAUCAGAGAGACAGUGAGUUAUUGUCAGAAGAACAACCCAGCUCAAGUCCACACUGCUUCCUCUUCCUCCUCAACCGAGACACCAACACAAACUCAUUGCUUGGUUCUCGAUCUCAGCUCGGUCAACUUCAUGGACUCUGUGGCAGUGAUGGCAUUUUGCAAGGUUGUAGGUAACUUGGAAGUCCAGGGUAUCCGUGUGUUUCUGGCAGCAAGCCCAGAGAGAGUAAUAUCUCAGCUCCAGACUCAGGGUUGUAUUCCAGACAGUCUGCCCAGCUCCUGUCUCUUUCCUUCAGUCCAUGAUGCUGUCCAGCGCUAUCUCAGCACCUUGCCCAGGCCUCUGGAGGAAAUCAACUCCAGCACAAGUGAAUGUUGAACCUACAAUGUGACUGCUGCUUAUGAAUGUAAAUUAAAGCACGGUAAAGUCAACAAGAGGACAGAAAAAGACCCUGAAGUGACUGAUCAGUCUUAAAUGUGGCGAACAGAACAAUCACAGCUCCAUUUUAUUUUGAAAGAAAGUUUUACAGUAUGUAUGCACCUGCACAUGUCAUAUAUUUUCUGGCAAUAAAUGUAGUUGUUCCCCAUUUUCCCCUAAGUAUUACAUUAUUGACCUUCCUGUUGAGAAAGAGGAGACAUGAUCAAGGCCACAAUCCUUCAAUCCCUGUUUUAGGAGGCCAAUACCUUAUCCUUUAGGCCACUCUGGCUCUGUGUUACAACU